AUGGACCCUCGACCUUUACCUCCUGGAUUUAUUUCUGAAUUUGAUCCCAACACGCAACGGUAUUUUUAUGUUGACACGAGCACGGGAACCUCUCAAUGGAAUCACCCACUUGACGCGAAACCACCUUUACAACCAUUUGUGGAACAAACCUCAAGUCAAUACCCUUCACAAUUUCCAUCUAUUCUAAACCCUAGUCAGCAAGGUCAUUAUCCGCUUGGGUUUACAAGUCCAGGUCUUCUUCCUUCAUCUGACCAACGAUCAACAUCGUCAUUUCCACAACCUCCAUAUCCGCAACCUACAUCAUCCGAUUAUCCAUCACCUUAUCCACAGCCCAGGCCUGAGCAUUACCCUCAAUCAAAUUAUCCUUAUGGUGAAGCUCAAACUUAUGUGGGUGGAUCGUCUCGUACGCAUGAUACGCAUGAACAGGAUAAAGAUAAAGGAAUUGGUAAAGUAUUAUUAGGUGCAGGAGGUUUGAUAGGAGGAAAGCAUGCUACUCAUGGCAUGGGUAAAGUAUUAUUAGGUGCAGGAGGAGGUUUGGUAGCAGGAAAAUUAGCCAAAAAUAAAUUAAAGAAAUUUAAAGGAUGGAAGGGUAAAGGAUGGAAGGGUAAGGGAGGAUGGAAAGGUUGGAAAUAG